AUGAAACUUAUCUUCGAAACUUCUCUUUACGUUCUUGCACUUUCACUUUUGACCGUUACAACUAAUGCACAGUUAACUGGGCAAUGGCCAGAAGUUGAUAAACCUCCACCAGUUAAUGAUGCAUGGACUUCUUUAGUUGAUCUGUCAAAACUUCCCAAUGCUCCGUUAUCGAAAGGCGAAAGUGAUUGUCCUACAAAUGAUGAAUUUUGUAAAUGGAGUUGUACUCAAUGCACUCGUAAUGAUUCCGACAUAGUUUUCUGUCCCAAUACAAAUGAUUAUUUGGCAUCAAAAGAUGUUAAAUUAACAUUUUUCGUUAUCGGUUCACGAGUAAUAGAAAAUCCACAAACUUUGCUAAAAGCAUUCAAUGCUGUACACACUUGGUCUCAUACACAUCUUACCCAGCAAUCCAAUGAGGAAAUCAUUGCAGAAAUCAAAUGGACCGAAGAGGCGAUAAAACAAGCCGUGGGUGUCACACCAAAAUAUAUGCGACCACCUUACGGAGACGUUGAUGAUCGUGUCAGAGGAAUCUUAACUCAACUCGGUUAUAAAAUUGUUAUGUGGGAUAGAGAUACGCAAGAUUACUUGACAGGAGAGGAUAAGACAUUUAAAGCAGAAUGGAUCGAAGGGAAUUUUACUCAAUGGGUUAAAGAACCUUCUACAACAGGACAUAUCUCAUUAGAACAUGAUUUAUAUGAAGCGAGCGCUGCUAGAGCUACGUAUGUUGUACCGAUUGUACAAGGUGCGGGAUAUAACGUUAAACCCGUAGCUGUUUGUAUAAAUGAUCCACAACCCUACGUCGAAAAUGUUAGUUUGAGCACAAAUAGUACCUUUGCUAAAACCUCAACGGUUGAAACUCCAACUCCAACUCCAGCGGCUUUAUCCCCAACAACAGAGUCCCCAACAGAAUCCCCAACAACAGAAUCAUCCACACAAAGCGUCGUUGAUACAACUACUUCAAGUGCUUUAUCAUUAACGAAUAAUAAUAAUUUGCUGUUAUUAAUAUUUAUGAUUGUAAUAGGAUCUUUUAUAAUUUAA